ACAGUGUGUUGUCUCGUUCGCACUGAUUGGUGUGCUCGAUUUUCUCGUUCAGCAUGGAGAAUGGUGAAAGCAAGUGUCAGUGAGAAAAUCAGAAUCAUCUGAUUUUUAAUACAUACGUAAGGUUCAGGCAGCGAACUUGCAUUUGUUGAGCAUUGUAUUUCUGGCAACAACAGCUUGAAAUUUUUUCGUUCAAUACACAUUAACGAAUUGUCGAAGCUAGUACUAUAGUACUUCUGUUUGACUGCAACGGGAAACAUUGCUAGUGAGAUAGAGUUGAGAUUUGUGUGUGCGUGUGGAGAAAACGGAAAAUGUUUUAGACCCCAAUCAGUUUUGCGUGAGCAUAACAGAGAGAAAAAUUCGAGCAAACAUAAAAUAGCGGGGCAGAAAACGACAGAAAAUCCGUGCACUCGUCCGUGUCAAAAUCGUGAAACGAGCGAGUUAGUUCUGGCAUAAAAUCGAGUGCGAGCGAGAACAGUAGUCGAAACCAACACGACAGACGAGAAGAAAAAAAAAGCACUUUGAUUCCAAUAUUCAGUUGUUGGAACAUGUUAAAAGUUUUGAGGUUAACUACAAAUAAUCUACGAAAUUUUUCACUGUUCCAGUUGAACAAGCUAUUCAAACAGGCAGCAACAAAUCGAAUUUUGCACAACCCAGACACAAACGAUACGGACAACGUAGCAACAAUGUCGAACGCAGAAACAAAUGGAUCACCCGAGAUGAAUGGAUCUCCAACAAAACGGGCACAAACACAAAAUCUCGAUGGUAUAGUGAAAUUUAUGGAAUUGCUGGGCAAUCUCAAACAUUUGAAGCGAACUGGCUGGGUUUUACGUAAUGUUGGCGAUUGUGAAACAAUUGCCGGGCACAUGUACCGCAUGAGCCUAAUGACUUUCCUGCUGGACGGCAAAGGUGAUUUGGAUCGAACCAAAUGCAUGGAAUUAGCAUUGGUACAUGAUUUAGCUGAAUCGAUUGUCGGUGACAUAACACCCUACUGCGGAGUGUCAAAGGAAGAUAAACGGCAGCGUGAAAUGGAUGCAAUGCAGGAAAUUACAAAAUUGAUCGCGCCAAGAGGAGAACGUCUUAUGGAAUUAUUCGAGGAAUACGAAGAGAAUGAAACGCCGGAAUCGAAGUUCGUGAAGGAUUUGGAUCGACUGGAUUUGGUGAUGCAAGCGUUCGAGUAUGAAAAACGGGACAAUUGCAUCAAAACGCAUCAAGAGUUCUUCGACAGCACGGACGGUAAAUUCAAUCAUCCGCUCGUCGUUGAUAUAGUCAAUGAAAUCAAGGCGCAACGUGAAUUGGCCGCUGAAAAAGAGGAAAAAUCCCAACCGAAUCAUGUGUCCGCCAAUUCUAGUUGAUAAUCUCAAUCCAUUUGUCCCCUUAUAACUUCUCCUCCUUCUUGCUCACACGCAACUUAACAAAUUACCGUGCGCUACAAACCAACUACGAUUUACCUACACUGAAAAUGGGCCAACUUUUAUCAAUCUUGAAUGAAACAAAAAAAUAACACAAAAUUAUUGGAUUCAUUUUUAUUUCGAAAUUUUCUUCUUUUUUUUUUGUUGUAGUCUUAUGUUUAUUAGUACGUAAGUGAGUCAAUUUCAAAAGGAAAACAAAAUCUUGCACAAUUUUGACAAAGCGCCUUGAAUCUAACACACACGAAACGCAUUUUCGAACGUGUUUUAAUAUUUCAGUAUUUCUAAUUUCCCAUAAUUCGUUUCCUCUCUUAAUAAACGGAGUGCUACGCAAACAAUAUAUUCAACAUUUUGCCAGUCGAACAAUCGUCUCCUUCGUAUUUUUUUUUCCAACUGUACGAAACGAAUAGCACGGUUUCAAUUGUGUUCUGACGUUUAUAGGCCAACGUCCACAUCUUUUUUUUCACAUCUCUGCCAAAUUAACUUUCGUUGUUAGUUUGAAUUUCAAUUACUGUAGCUCAAUUCACAUACAACACCCUAAGUAAAUAUGCCGUAGAAUAGUGGAAUUAUCUUUCUUUGUAAACUUUAAAUUUCAUUGUUAAUUUAUUCGAUAAAUUUAUGAGUAAUAACAACAUGACGAAUGAAACACCAUCCAAUUCGUUUGUUCUCGAUAUGGUUUUGAAUUCCCAGCGAAUCCAAAAUCCAAUAUAUCGUAGAAAGACAGAAAGUUACCAAUUUAUAAAUUUAUACUUAUAAGUAUGUCAAAAAAAACACGUACAUUUAUUUUUUAUUAUUUCAUUUUUUGUUUGUCAUAUGUGAAUAAAUUCUAAAGAAAGAAAAGUUGAAAA